CUUCCGGCUUCGCUGGCCCCGACACGCGCCUGUUUUGGCGGGAGUAGGCGGCGGGUGUGAGGUCAGGUUCAUGUGGAGAGAGGCAGAGUGCUUAGUUCACAGAUCUCACAGACUUCAUGGAUACCAUGUUGAAAUCCAAUCCCCAAACCCAGCAGAGGAGUAACCACAGUGAUCAGGAGACCAGCCUUUGGUCCUCAGGCUUUGGGAUGAAGUUGGAGGCCAUCACCCCAUUCCUGGGGAAGUAUCGCCCCUUUAUGGGCCGCUGCUGCCAGACCUGUACUCCUAAGAGCUGGGAGUCCCUCUUCCACAGAAGCAUAAUGGAUCUGGGCUUCUGCAAUGUGAUCCUCGUGAAGGAAGAGAACACCAGGUUUCGGGGCUGGCUGGUUCGCAGGCUCUGCUAUUUCCUGUGGUCCCUGGAGCAGCACAUACCCACCAGCUCUGAUGCAUCCCAGAAGAUCAUGGAAAACACUGGGGUGCAGAACCUCCUCGCAGGGAGGGUUCCAGGAGGGUCUGGAGAAGGCCAGGCACCUGACCUAGUGAUGAAAGAGGUGCAGCGCAUCCUGGGCCACAUUCAGGCCACACUGUGCCCCUUCCUGCUCAGGUUGUUCAGCUGGGCACUGCUGUGGUUCCUGAACCGCCUCUUCCUGAAUGUGCAGCUUCACAAGGGGCAGAUGAAGAUGGUCCAUAAAGCUGUCCAGGAGGGCUCGCCGCUUGUUUUCCUUUCUACACACAAGUCACUCUUGGACGGGUUCCUGCUGCCUUUUGUGCUGUUCUCCCAGGGCCUGGGUGUGGUCCGUGUGGCUUUGGACCCCCGCACCUGCUCUCCUGCUCUCAGAGCUCUACUGAGGAAACUUGGGGGACUUUUCCUGCCCCCAGAGGCCAACCUCUCCUUGGACAGCUCAGACGGCAUCCUCGCGAGGGCUGUGGUCCGUGCAACUGUGGAGCAGCUGCUUGCCAGUGGGCAGCCUCUGCUCAUCUUCCUUGAAGAGCCCCCUGGGUACCCAGGGCCCAGGCUUUCAGCCCUGGGCCAGGCUUGGCUAGGACUGGUGGUCCAAGUGGUCCAGGAGGGCAUCAUCCCAGAUGCUACACUGGUACCAGUUGCCAUUGCCUAUGACCUGGUUCCAGAUGCACCAUGUGACAUGAACCACGACUUGGCUCCCCUGGGGCUGUGGACAGGAGCCUUGGCCGUCUUUCGGAAACUGGGUAACUGCUGGGGCUGCAACCGUAGCUGUGUCCGGGUGCACCUUGCCCAGCCAUUUUCCCUGCAGGAAUACGCCAUCAAUGCUAGAAGCUGCUGGGGUAGCAGGCAGACCCUGGAACACUUGUUACAGCCCAUUGUGCUAGGGGAAUGUAGUGUUGUUCCAGACACUGAGAAGGAGCAGGAGUGGACCCCAUCAACUGGCCUCCUCUUGACCCUCAAAGAGGAGGACCAGCUCCUGGUCAGAAGACUGAGCCGGCAUGUCCUGAGUGCCAGUGUGGCCAGCUCAGCAGUGAUGAGCACAGCCAUCAUGGCGACACUCCUGCUGUUGAAGCACCAAAAGGGUGUGGUCCUGUCACAGCUCCUGGGGGAGUUUUCGUGGCUGACGGAGGAGACACUGCUGCGUGGCUUUGAUGUGGGCUUCUCUGGGCAGCUGCGGUGCCUGGCCCAGCAUACACUGAGCCUGCUGAGGGCACACGUGGUUCUGCUGCGUGUCCACCAGGGGGACUUGGUGGUGGUGCCACGGCCUGGCCCAGGCCUCACCCAUCUAGCACGCCUGAGUAUGGAAUUGCUGCCCACCUUCCUGAGCGAAGCUGUGGGUGCCUGUGCAGUGCGGGGGUUGCUGGCCGGCAGAGUACCACCUGAGGGGCCCUGGGAGCUGCAGGGCAUAGAGCUGCUGAGUCAGAAUGAACUGUACCGCCAGAUCCUACUGUUGCUGCACCUGCUACCCCAAGACCUACUGCUGCCCCAGCCCUGCCAGUCUUCCUACUGCUCCUGUCAGGAGGUGCUGGACCUCAUCCAGUGUGGGCUCCUGGUUGCUGAGGAGACCCCGGGCUCCCGGCCAGCCUGUGACACGGGAAGACAGCACCUGAGCUCGAAGCUGCUGUGGAAACCAAGCGGGGACUUCACCGACAGUGAGAGCGACGACUUUGAGGAGCCAGGGGGCCGGUGCUUCAGGCUUAGCCAGCAGUCUCGCUGUCCUGACUUCUUCCUCUUCCUCUGCCGCCUGCUCAGUCCCAUACUCAAAGCCUUUGCACAGGCCGCCGCCUUCCUCCACUUGGGGCAGCUGCCAGAUUCAGAGGUGGGCUACUCGCAGCAGUUGUUCGAGUUUUUACAGGCCUGUGCCCAAGAAGAAGGGAUCUUUGAGUGUGCAGACCCAAACCUUGCUAUCAGUGCUAUCUGGACAUUCAAAGACCUGGGGGUACUGCAGCAGAUGCCCAGCCCUGCAGGACCCCAGCUGCACCUGUCCCCUACAUUUGCCAGCCGGGACAACCAGGACAAGCUGGAACAAUUUAUCCGACAGUUCAUCUGCAGUUAGAACAAGAAAGUGGAACCUGGUGGGACUUGUCAGCCUAGAACUUAGCUGUGCCUCCUGAUCAGGACCCAGCUAACCUGGCCUUAGAGAAGCCAUGUUUACUCAUCAUUUGGUGUGAUAAAUAAAGACACUAGGUUAGGUUCUUCCCUAAGCCUGAA